AUGUUGAAACCACCGCAGCACGUACAAUGUUAUGACGCCUACGCCCCACUGGAAAACAUCCAACGAUGUAUUCGCGAAGGACAUCACGUGAUGAUUUUAAUGCGUGGAGUUCCGGGAAGUGGAAAAUCGUAUUUAGCUCAGUCUCUUGCGUCCAGUCAUGGCGGUGUUGUGUACAGCACAGACGAUUUCUUCGUGCGAGAUGGGCAGUAUCAAUUCCAACCAGAAAAAUUAGAAGAAUAUCAUAGAAGCAAUAUUAUAAGAGGUAGUUUAGACUGUUUUCGGUGGCGACGUUGUUUGAGGAGCCACGCUGCGGCGUGGCGCGACUAG